UUUUUAGACUGCAACCCACACUCUAGUCUACUACCCAUUUUAGUGAAAAAUCAUUAUCAGGUUAAACCCACUUCUUCUCCUAGUUUGUUUCUUUCGAGCUCUCUCUUUUGGCAGAGGAAUGGCGGCGAGGAACGCAUUACUCAAGUACCUGAGGGUGAAUACUCAUUCCGUGCCACUUCAAAACCCUGGAGCCGGCCUCCGUGGGGCGCUGUCGCGGCUCAUCAGCAGCCGCCACUUAUGUGCGGAAGUGAAGGGCUCAUUCCUUGACAAGUCUGAGGUCAUGGAUCGUGUUCUCAAUUGCGUGAAAAAUUUCCAGAAAGUCGAUCCCUCUAAGGUUACCCCAAAUGCGCAUUUCCAGAAUGAUCUCGGGUUAGAUAGCUUAGACACGGUCGAAAUUGUGAUGGCUCUCGAAGAAGAGUUUGGAUUUGAGAUUCCGGACAAUGAAGCAGACAAAAUCAACUCCAUCAAUCUUGCCGUUGACUUCAUUGCAUCUCACCCGCAGGCAAAAUAAUGGAACAAUGAGUCUUGUCUGCAGAUUUUUAUGUUUGAAUUUCUUUAUUUCUUAGAAAAAGGAAAACUGAUCUUCCUAGUUCAAAUAUCAAAUCUCCUUUUUUAAAUGUACGUCGGAUUUGUGCUAGAGUUUAUUUUGAUCCUAAGAGCUCUAUUGCUCUGUUGCAUAAUUCCCGGUGAUGGAAACUACUGGUACGUAUAAUGACUAAUGAUUUGCAUUCUCAUAUAGACUUGUAUUGGUUGAUCGAUUUCUCUUCCAAUCGAUAUGGAAAAUUUUAUAAUAAUUCAUUCAGUUACAUUUUGAUUGCA